AUGGGGCGCAGCAAGGAGUCCAUCAAAAGCAGUCCCGACCCUACGGUCACGGUCACGACCACUGCUGUACGGGCCUCUAUGCAGCAGCCCGUCUGUGACUGCGAAGGGUGCGAGGAUACCACCACCGCCACCGCCGCUUCUGAUUGGUACGAGAAACCGCCCGAUUGGGCCGAAAAGCCGGCCCGUUGGCCCGAGAAUAGGGCAGUAGUGGCGGCGACUGAGAAGGCUGCUGAUGGAUGUUGUUCUUCUGAUUUCGGCGGCUCGUCCGCUGUUGAUUGGAGGUGCGAAGAGGCGCGGCUCAGCGUGUGGCCCGUCGACGCUGACAAGAAGAGCAACAGCGGCAGCGGCGGCGGCAACGAUUACGGCGAUGACGCUGGAGGAGUGGAGGGGCAAGACGGGGGGGAUGGGGGCGUCGAGGGGUAUGAUUUCAGCCGUAGCACGGAAGCCAACUAUGAGGUGAAGGUGGAGGUGGAGAACGGGACGUUUGCCGAGAGGUUUGGAGAGGCGCGUUCCCUGCUGGACUACAGCUACCACUCGCACUACACCUUGGAACGGCAGCACGUCCAGGACGACAUUCUGCAGGAGGCCCUGCGGACAAAAACGCCAGGGUCUCUGGAGAACCCGUGGGCGGUGUUUACUGCGGGCGCGAUGGGUGCCGGGAAGAGCCAUGUCAUGGGCGUCCUGGGAGAGCGAGGACUUUUUCCCAUGGAUGCCUUUGUGCAGGUUGAUCCAGACAGCCUCAGGAGGAAGUUGCCAGAGAUGGAAGGGUACGUCAGGAGUGAUCCGGGGACGGCUGGGUCUUUGACCCACAAGGAGGCCGGCUUGCUUGCCGAGCUCCUGGAGGAAACGGCCCUGCUACAGGGAAGAAACAUCCUAGUGGACGGGUCGAUGAGGAACGGGGAGUGGUACGCCGAGCAUGUCGGAGACCUAAGACGACGGUUUCCUCGCUUGAGGGUGGCCAUCAUUCACGUCUGGGCCCCCGAGGAAGAGGUGAUGAAGAGAGCCGUGCGCCGAGGGCUUACGACCGGCCGCGUCAUACCCCCCUCGGUGCUCCGGGAUACCAUCCGCGCGGUCCCCCGCUCGGUAGAGAUGCUGGCGCCGCUCGCUGACUACUGCGUUCGGAUCGACAACGUGGGGGACGACUGGCGGCGCCAAAGCCAAGAAUCGCAGCAACAGCAGAACCGGCGGCCACUGCGGCAGCAGAAUAACUGUCUCGUGUCAUCGGAUAUGUCGGAAAUGGUGUUAAUGCCGGCAUCGAAUGAGGAAAUGUCGGAGAUGAUGGUGGUGUCGUCGAGUGCGAGGUUGCAGUCGUCGGACAUGCCGGAGAUUUCCAGGCCGGUGGGAUCGUCACUGGACGUGCCAACAGCUUGCACAGCUUGCACAGGAGACGAAACGAGAUCAGCAGCGGAAGGGGGGGGAGAAGGGAGGUCGAGGGCUCACAGCGAAGUGCCGGCAGUGAUAAUGCCGGUGCUUGCGACAUCUGGGGAAACGUGGGAAUCGUUCCGGAGAACGUUCGCUCAAGACCCGCCUCCGCCGCCUCCGCCAAUAGGAAACCCACACGAGUGAAGCACGAGAUGCUGGCUUCCACUGGCAUUCUUGGCGCUCCUACCCCUUGCGACAACAGCAGUAAUGCUUCCGACAUGGACGGGGGAGGUACCCGCUCGUAAUAUUGUUUUUUUUUUUUUAACAACAACCUUCGGUCGUGAGCGCUGAGCCCCGCCGCGUUGCUCCUGUGGUCUUGAAAUCCAUUUGUUCCAUUUCUUGCCCGUUCUCUUGGUUGACGGUCGUUGUGGCGGAAGGAUGUGUCGUUGGGCUAGGGUAAGGGUUAGGGAAUGCGUAACAUUACAGCGGGCUCUUUAGUGGAUGCCGUCCAUCCCUUCACAGUUACAGUUGCUCACGUCCUUCUUGACCCCUACCUCAACAUUGUUGGACUAUACGGUGGUCUUGACUCUGAAGACGCAAUACCGUUAUUCUAGAAUCUCGUCGUCUUGUCUAGGCAAAUACUUGACUGCUGGACUCUGGAGUGGUGUGUGUGGUGAACGUGUUGUCGUGUUCGUUAUUGUACUCGGGUAGUCUACAGCACUCCAGCACUCCAGGAGGAAGACAAAUUUUAGUCUGUUCCUGAACCGCUGUCUGUGCGUCACAGUCAGCUGUUUCGCCUAAUGCUGUACUGAUGUGGGGGGGUACACGCGUUUGUUUGUUAUGUACCUGGAGACAUUGAUUGCCUGACAGCAGUGAGUGCUGGUUGUGUGGCGUUUGUUUUGUCGUUUGCGUGUCACCAAGUGUCUAUACCCCCCUUGCCCCUCUGUACAAUGCGCAUCAAAGAAAGGUCUCGCUCCUACCCAGUCAUCCAAACACUAACAUACUAACAUAUUAACAUUAGGUAUUUCGUGGGUGCUUGCUCGGAUGUGAUUUUUUUUCUUUGUCUCUGCUCCAUCCAGUUUUAUCCCUGUGGUUUCGAGUAGUUCGAGAGUUUACAUGAUGGACCCCGAAGAAGUCCUUCGUUUUUUUUUUGUUCUUGGAUCACGGUGGUUUUAUGUGUUAUUUCAUCGGCACCGAGCGGCAGUAGUAUCCCGCAUCGCAUCGAUCGUUAAGGAAUAAACAACACCGAGUUAGUUGAUAGUUGAUGAUACGUCAAAUGUGAAGAUCUAACACAAUUGGACCGUUUUUGGUGUCGGUCGUGUGUCCAUUUUUCAUGUCGCCGAAACCGGGUCAGCUUGUAAGUAGGCAAGAUUGAAAGAAAGGGCCACAAAAUGAUUUAAUGAUUUCUAAGGUGGUUGUAUGAUGUUCCGGGUUGGCGCUCAGCUUGAUACCGUUGUGCUAGUGGCGCGGAUGGCGCUACAAUAACAUUGGUUUUGCCUUGAGAAGCGACGUACUAGUCUAACGAGAGGAUAAUCUACUACUGGUGUGAGUUCUCGCGGGUAAGGUGGCGAUGCACGCCAAUGUGGUGUGAUGAGUGAUGACUGAGGUACUGGCAACAUGUAGGGCAGGAUGUAUGGGCCCAAUGUACAUGGUUUGUUCUACAGCAGCAGUCGGCCUAUCGAUAGAUCGGCAUGAGGUUAAGGUUAGCUCGCCGGCGAGAUAGAUAGGCACGUGGUGCUUGGGAUGUGUUUCACCCCGCGAUUGAGGAAGGAAUGAAUGCCAGUUAACGUAGC